AUGGUUCGACACCUCAAACAUCACGAGAAAAAGCUACUCAAGAAAACCGACCUUUACACCUACAAGUCCGAUCAAGGCCACCGUACUGGCGAAAUCCAGCGCAGAUACGGAGUUACAGAUGUUGAAUAUAAUACAUACAAUGCGCUCUGUGGAUCGAUGCGCAAAUUGGCACACAAGCUCUCGCAACUGGAGCCCGAGGAUCCUACACGCAGGAAGCUGGAGUCGGCUAUGCUAGAGAAAUUGCAUAGCAUGGGUAUUAUCGAGAAGUCACGCGAACAGGGAGGAGCAUUGUCCCAGGUGGAGCGUCUCACAGUUUCCGCUAUCUGUCGGAGGCGCCUACCAAUCGUGAUGGUGAGAGAACAGAAAAUGAUUCAAUAUGUGGAUAAAGCUAUCGAGGCCGUCGCGCAAGGUCAUGUCCGCGUUGGUACGCAGGUUGUUCAGGACCCUGCAACAUUGGUCACGCGAAACAUGGUGGAUUUCGUGCAAUGGGUUCCAAACAGCAAGUUCAAACUGGCGGGCCAGAAUUAUCAUGGCAAGCGGGAUGAUUUCGAUAGCUUGCAGCUGUAA